AUGGAGUGGAGGAGGCGGGACUACCGUGUGGAGCGGCCGCUGCUGAACCAGGAGCAGCUGGAGGAGCUGGGGCGCUGGGGCCCGGCCCCCCGCGCCCGCCCCUGGCGAGCCUCUCUGCAGUGCUCCCGGGCCCGGGCCCGCGCCCUGCUGCUGCAGCGCCUGCCCGUCGCCGCCUGGCUGCCCCGGUACCCCGUGCGGGAGUGGCUCCUGGGCGACCUGCUGUCCGGCCUGAGUGUGGCCAUCAUGCAGCUGCCACAGGGCCUGGCCUAUGCCCUGCUGGCAGGGCUGCCCCCCGUGUUUGGCCUCUACAGCUCCUUCUACCCCGUCUUCAUCUACUUCCUGUUUGGCACCUCCCGGCACAUCUCCGUGGGCACCUUUGCUGUCAUGUCCGUGAUGGUGGGCAGCGUGACCGAAGCCCUGGCCCCGGAUGAGAACUUCCUGCAGGACGCGAACUCCACCGUCAACGCGACCGAGGCCAGGGACGCCGAGCGGGUGGCGCUGGCCUCGACUCUCAGCGUCCUGGUGGGCCUCUUCCAGGUGGGGCUGGGCCUGGUGCACUUCGGCUUCGUGGUCACCUACCUGUCGGAGCCGCUGGUCCGCGGCUACACCACGGCUGCGGCCGUGCAGGUCUUCGUCUCGCAGCUCAAGUACGUGUUUGGCCUCAAGCUGAGCAGCUUCUCCGGGCCGCUGUCCCUCAUCCACACGCUGCUGGAGGUCGGCUGGAAGCUGCCGCAGAGCAAGGUGGGCUCCGUGGUGACGGCCGCCGUGGCCGGGCUGGCGCUCGUGGCCGUGAAGCUGCUGAACGACAAGCUGAAGCGAUACCUGCCCCUGCCGCUGCCCGGGGAGCUGCUCACGCUCAUCGGCGCCACGGCCAUCUCCUACGGCGUGGACCUGGAGGCCCGGUUCAGCGUGGACGUGGUGGGCAGCAUCCCCGCGGGGCUGGUGCCUCCCGUGGCCCCCAGGCCCGAGCUGUUUGCCAGCCUCCUGGGCAACGCCUUCGCCAUCGCCGUGGUGGGCUUCGCCAUCGCCAUCUCGCUGGGGAAGAUCUUCGCCCUGAGGCACGGCUACCGGGUGGACAGCAACCAGGAGCUGGUGGCUCUGGGCCUCAGCAACCUCGUCGGGGGCAUCUUCCAGUGCUUCCCCGUGAGCUGCUCCAUGUCCCGGAGCCUCGUCCAGGAGAGCGCCGGGGGCAACACGCAGGUGGCUGGGGCCGUCUCCUCCCUCUUCAUCCUCUUCAUCAUCCUCAAACUCGGGGAACUCUUCAAAGAUCUGCCCAAGGCUGUCCUGGCGGCCAUCGUCAUUGUGAACCUGAAGGGCAUGCUCCUGCAGGUCAGGGACGUGUGCGCCCUGUGGAAGGCCAACCGCGUGGACCUGCUCAUCUGGCUGGUCACCUUCGUGGCCACCCUCCUGCUGAACCUGGACGUGGGCCUGGCCGUGGCGGUGGGCUUCUCGCUGCUGCUCGUGGUGGUCCGCACACAGCGGCCCCACUACUCCGUCCUGGGGCAGCUCCCAGACACCGAUGUUUACAGAGACGUGGCAGAGUACGCGGAGGCCAGGGAGGUCCCGGGAGUGAAGGUCUUCCGCUCCUCGGCCACCGUGUACUUCGCCAACGCAGACCUCUACAGCGACGCGCUCAGGCAGAGGUGCGGCGUGGACGUGGACCACCUCAUCUCCCGGAAGAAGAAGCUGCUCCGGAAGCAGGAGCUGAGGCUGCGGCGCCUGCGGAAGGAGAAGCCCCAGCAGCAGGCCGCCGCCUCCACCGGCACCUCCAUCCCCAUCGACGUCAACACCAGUGACGGCGCCAUCAAGAGCCAGGACGCCGACGGCCCCAAGGCCCAGCAGGUGAGCUCGGAGCGGGGCCCCGCGGGGGCGGCCGGCGGGCAGGACGACGCGCCAGCCCCGGGCGGGUGCUCGCUGCAGGGCCUGGGCCUGGCCCCGCCCGCCUUCCACAGCCUCGUGCUGGACCUGGGCGCCCUGUCCUUCGCCGACACCGUGUGCAUCAAGAGCCUCAAGAACGUUUUCCGCGACUUCCGGGAGAUCGAGGUGCAGGUGUACCUGGCCGGCUGCCAGGCGCCCGUGGUCGCCCAGCUGGAGGCCGGGGGCUUCUUCGACGCGACCAUCUCGAAGCAGCACCUCUUCGCCUCCGUCCAUGACGCCGUCCUCUUCGCCCUUCAGCACCCGCGCUCCGGCCCCGCCAGCCCCGUGCUGGUUACCAAGCUCUGA